AUUGAAUCCAAAGGAUUACUGACCAAUCAGCUUUCGCCUCAGCAUCUUCUGUCAUGUGACACAAGGCGGAAACAGAGAGGAUGCGAAGGAGGGUCUGCAGAAAAGGCUUGGUGGUUCAUUAAACGAAAAGGAAUCAUGACUGAGGAAUGUUAUCCUUAUAACGUCACUCAAUCGAACACUUCUGCCAACAAAUGUCUGGACAACUUGGACACAUGUCCGAAUUCCAACUCUUCCACUUCCAAAAUUGUCCUAUACGUCACACCACCGUACAGAGUUGGGAAAAGUGAAGAAGAAAUUAAAACAGAGAUAUAUAAGAGGGGACCAGUACAAGCCCAUACCUGUGGUGUGAUGGGGGUUGCAGUAGAUGGAAUGAACCAGAUCUUGGUGACUGCAGGGAUGGACGGGGAAAUCCGGUUCUUGGGGUUUAAGAAGCACUAGAAAAUUGACACCUUACAGACAGAAAACUACAUUUCAGGGAUUGUACUGCAUAGGGAAAGCUCGAUGCUGGCUGUAGCAUUGGACAAUUUCCAGAUCUUUGUGGUAGAUUUAGAUACUCGCAGAGUGGUCAGGAAGUUUCAGGGUCACAGUAACAAGGUGACGGUGAUG